UUUCGAAGCGGGCAACGGUAAGUUUAGAGUGGAAUGGCAUCUUACGAAUAGAGGACAGUACCAUUUGCGUCCUGAAGGUUUUUCUCGUCUGUGUUCGGCUAAAUCUAAUCCUAAUUCCAAGAAUCGCGUGUCUAUUUACAUAUUGACUUAGGCUCGCCUGGUCAAUUUUUCAAGUUUGCGCCGUUUCGAUCUGUCGGCCGGCUUUCGCCCGUUGCGUCCUACGGCCACGCAGUCGACUAAUAAAUUUGAUGAGCAUCAACAUCAGAUGCUGGUAGAGAGAGGUUACGUAACAGGUCAUACAAGAAUGUCGUUGGACGAACGUUUUACGCAGUUGAGAAGAGGUGGCAUGCAAAGGAGAAACCUCUUACACCAAGAUGAUUUCCACAAUGUGGCAAGUAUCAGGAACCGAAGGCUGGCAAUGCAGAUGUCAAGGCGUCCGGCGGUCAUAGCGGCUCUUUCAAGGGCGGGCAAUUUUGUUAGAGAAAACAACCUAAGGGGAAGGAGCAUGAUGGGCAGGAACAACAACCCCUUCCUUGAAACGGGAAUCGCCAGCCGUUUGCAAACACAGGGCUUUAUCCAACGCCGCCAACGUUUACCAAGGAGGGGUAACAACCAAUUAAUAAAAAGCCAAAGCCUGCAGUCCCUGAAUGUACAGAGUAAUCAAAACGGAAGGGAUUUCCGCCCGAGAGGAGGGCGUCAACCAUUAAAUCAGAUUCGGAAUUUGAAAAGAUUGACCAGGAGCCAAAGUCUUCAGUCUUUGAAUCUUAACCCAAACUUCUUCCGAGGCAUUAAUAAUAGACGCGGAAGGUUUUUAACAGCAAGGGGUAGGGGCGCAUUAAACAUGAGAAGAAAUAAUAAUCGAAGAGGGCGAAUUUUCAAAAAUAACAAUUCACCAACAUUAAACCAGCUUAGCGUUAGGGGAAGGGGAAAUCUCAAGAGGCGAGGUGCCAGAAGAGGCGGUGGCGGUGGUGGCAGGGGAAGGGGACAGCAUAAUACGCAGCCUUCGAGAGAGGUGCUCGACAAGGAGCUGGAUCAGUACAUGUCCUCGUGCAAAUCGGCGCUCGACAAAGAGUUGGACUCGUACAUGAAUCAGACUGAGGAAAAGUGGGAUUAGCUAAUGAGUUGAACCGUUAGUGACGAGUGGUGUGUUAUAAUUACGGAUGCAACUAAAAUUUUAAAUUAUUGCAUUUGGAUAGCCUGAAUUUCUCCUUAAGAGUUUUAAUUGUAAAAUAAAACGACAAAUUAAUACAAUACUUUUAAAAAAGUCUAUACUUUAUGUAUAUAACAUAAAAUAUCAUGUGAAUAAGUUGUAACACCUUUUGAAUAGAUAUUAUAUAAAUUGAUAUUACUUCCAUAUUUGGUUGUAAUGAAAAGUGAAAAGACUUAUAUGGUUUUUUAAUUACUAAAAAAUUAACAAAAGGUGGUUUUGACACCAUAAUAAAAAAAUUAAUAUAAACUGAUGCUGGCAAUAUUUGUUAAUGUCAAUCAUUUGUCUAUAUGCAUUAUGUUCAACUUUUUGACAAAAAGUUUAAUGAGCUUUCUUGAUUAUUUAUCAUUUGCCUUAAUUAAAAAGUUAACCAUAGAAAUAAAGAAUUUUUUUGGGGGGAAGGGGUCAAAAAAAUUGUGUUGUUUUAGAAUGUUAACCAUUUGUUUAUCAUUAGAUAAACAGAAUAAUCAGAAAGUCGAGUUAUAUGUUAUAUUUUCAUUGAUUAAAAAACAGCAAAUGGUAAAAUAAAGUGCUCGUCUUGGUGGUAUUUUCUGUUUUCGCCAUAGUUUUUGUAUAAUUCUGCUCUUCUUUAGCGAAAGCUCAUUGGCCAAUCAUUGCCCACCUUGCAUCUGUCAACUUUUAAUUAAUUUUGUAUUAUCUCUAGUUUCUAGAGAAGAAAAAAUCUCAAUAAAGUUUUUUGUAAUGAG